CUAAUCCAUCCUAAACCUGACAAGUACUUCUCCCCUCUGGAGAUUACUCAGCAUCUUAACCAUCAUUUCAUCAAACGUAAUCUAGAAGUCAGACUCAACUAACCCCUGGAGGAGGAACAGUUGCUGAUAACAACUCAAGUUUUCAAAAUGGACAAAAAUAAAUUUUCUCCGACUGUGAUAAAGAAUCUCUUCCUUUUCAACUCCACCUGGGGACCAAAAGAGGGCGAUGAAGAAAAAAAGAUAAUUUAUUUCUGGCCCGAAGACUUCAAUGAUCAGUCUAUGUUAAAAAAGAUCGGAUUGGUUGAGGGAGUGAUUAUAUUCUCAAACAAGUUCUCGGCAGUUCCCGCCAAUUCAUUGCACACUCUGAAAGAACGAACUGUUUUCUUCGAAGCAGAGAAAGAUUACUGGCUCUGUAUCACCGUAUCCGUUCCUAACACGAGAAAGCAAGGAAAGGAACCCGGAGACACGAUUGAGUUCCAUCCUGAGGAUGUCAGUGAUUCUGUUCUCCGAUCUUUGAUCGGACGAUCUUACGAGAUGUUUUGUCUUUUCCACUCAAGUCUUACCUUCGCGCUUGAUGAUAGUUGCGGAGGAAAUAAGGCUGUUUUCAUGGAACUCGUGAAACAUUUCUUCUCCCGGUAUCUGGCAACACUGAGGGUGGAGAGUGGGGAUAUUACCAGUGUAUGGGGAGGAAUGCAAUAUUUAGCUCUAGAUACAACGGACUUCUUGCGAGUGCAGUCUCUCAUCAACAGAAUGAAGGCAGAUAAUGAUAUUAUUAGGAAAUGUUUGUUCCUUCAGUCUGGUCAACUGGUCUGGUCUGGUGUAGAUCCUAGUUUAACAAAACUUAUAGUUCAAUAUCUUUCAACUACAAUCCUUCCCAUGCUUCCAGCAAUAUCCAGGCAACCCAGUGGAUCUUUCCUCGUCGGAGAGAAGGAGAAGUCACCAGUAGUUUACAUCCAUGGAGAACCUUAUCAUUUAUCCGUCUUCCAUGCUCUCAACACAACACUCUGUCUUCUUCUCUCCUCCCCUCCACCCAAACCUUUCUUCGAAUCAUUCCGUGAAUCUGUCGGAGUAAAUCUAGGAAAUCUAUCAGCUGAUCUAACUCAUGCUUAUGUAUCUAAACCUGGUUCAAAUCAGCACACGGAAUCAUUGUCGUUUAUUUACUUUAACGCAGCUAAUCUAGCGAUUAAAUCUACAGUGAUUGAAGGACAGGAAAAAUUGAUUAAAAUCGGAGCGGAUUUUGUUGAAGAUCUUCGAAACUCCGGGUUCAGUGAAGGUGAGAUAAUGGCCAAAACCUGGAGCGAAGAAUGGGUUGUGGUUCAGGUUGCCGGAGCUAGAACUAUUAUUGUUCUGUUACAUGAUAAAAAUCUUAACCUAAUGGAAGUUGCAGAGGAGGUUUCAAGACUAGAGAAGAAUAGAUUCGAUAGUAUUUGUAUGUUAUAAAACCCCAAAAUCUGUGAUUUAGAUAUAAUUAUGUUUUUUGUUUUGUUUUUAUUUGUGACAUUUGCAUUUAGUUUUUUCUAAGAAUAUAAAAUUUUGUAAAUUUCAUGACAAGUUAUCUUU